AUGGAUUCCAUUAGAGCUUCAGGAGGUUCGGUUACUAUUUGGAGGAGAAAUUCCUUGGAGAUUAUUCAGAGCUUUAAAGUAGUGGGCUUUGUGGGGCUGAAGGCUUAUCACAAAGGUACUUGUAUAAAUUUCAUCAAUGUUUAUGCUCCCUGCAAUUCUAUUUUGAGAAGAAAGGAGGAGAGGAUUGGGAAGUGUACAGGUAAUAAUGGUAGGGAUUGCACUGAUUUCUUCAACUUCGUGGAAGAGAUGGACAUCAUUGAUCUUCCUUGUGUGGGGGGGAGAUUUACUUGGUUUAGUUGGAAUGAUUAUGCUAUGAGCAGGUUGGAUCAAUUCUUAAUUAUUGAUAACUUGAUCUCUUUAUGGAAGUUUGAUAACCAGGUUGUGGGUAAAUGGGUUUUAUCGGAUCACUGUCCUGUGUGGCUGAAAUCUAGUGGAAGUGAUUGGGGGUCUAAACCUUUUAAGUUUAAUAAUGGCUGGUAUAAACACAAAGAUUUUGAUUCUUUCGUGAAGAAGGAAUGGAGAUUGUUGUCUAUUAAAGGGAGAGAUUUGAGGAUCGAAGAGAAGAUUUAUGAACAACACGAGGUGGACCAGUUUUUAAUUACGAUUGUUGGAGGUGAUGUUUCCAGAGCUGUUGAGGCUAGAAGAUUAGCAGCAGAUGAAUUAUGGAACAAGCUGGAGAUGAAAGAAUGUUUGCUUAGGCUGAAUUCGUUAAAGGAGAAGGUCCGCAGGAAUUCCAUUAGUGUGGUUGAUACGCCUAACGGUCAGGCGGAUGGAGUUGAAGAGGUUAAGUUUCACAUUCAAGAACAUUUUGAGAGGUGUUUUAAAGAACCUUGCAAGUCUAGACCUAUUCCAGAUGGCAUUAUUUUCAAAAGGCUAGAGGUUGACGCGGAUGCUUGGUUGGAGCGUCCUUUUACAUCAGAAGAGAUCAAAGAUGCAGUAUGGAAUUGUGAUGGGUGCAAAGCUCUUGGGCCUGACGGGAGUCUCCACAAAAUUUUGUCAAAGCUUCUUGCAGGUAGGCUUAAAGAGGUUAUAGAUAGUUUGAUAUCUGUCAAACAUAAUGCUUUCAUUGAAAAUAGGAACAUAUUGGAUGGUAUUUUAAUGGUUAAUGAAGUGAUGGAUAUGGCUAAAAGAGAGGGUUUGAAUUGCUUAGUUCUGAAGGUCGACUACGAGAAAUCCUACGAUUACGUUAGUUGGGACUAUAUAAGAUAUGUCAUGAAGAAGAUGGACUUUGGUAACAAAUGGAUUAGCUUGAUGGAAGCAAGUGUUUUGGCGAGCUCUAUGUACAUAAUUGUGAAUGGGAGUUGUAUGAAAGAUUUCAAAGUUGAACAAGGCUUACGACAAGGAGACCCCCUCUCUCCCUUGUUGUUCGUUAUCGUUAUGGAAGGAUUAACAAGUCUUAUGGAGAAAGAAACAGAACUUGAGGAGUACAAAGGGUUUCAGUUUGGCGACAACAACAUUGUAGACAUUCUUCACUUUACAGACGACACCAUUAUACUUGGUGAUGGAGGAGUUCAGAAUCUGUGGAGUUUGAAGGAAAUUCUAAGGGGGUUUGAACUCAUGUCUGGGCUCAAAAGUGCGCCUUCGUUCAAAUUCUUGGGUGUUAAGGUGGGAGAUAGUGUGAGGAAGGUGUAUAUGUGGAAAGAUGUGAUUAGAUAUGUUAGGAGAAGACUAGAAAAGUGGAGAGGGAGAUUACUUUCCAUAUGGUGGCGUGAUUUAAUAUUGAUCAACGAUUGUGAAGGCUCAAUGGGCCUUUAUGUUUCAAAUAUGUUUCGUUGCAGGGUUAAAACAGGAGAAACUUUGUCAUUCUGGUUCAGUAGAUGGGCGGGGAACCAAGCCAUUUUGGAUGCUUAUCCGGAGCUAUAUGCCAAAGCCGCUUUCCCGUUCAUGUCUAUUGCGGAGGCAUGUUUGUGGGACCGUUUGGAAUGGGUGUGGGAUGCUGAUUGUUGGCUGCAAGAGGAGGAUGACAAAGACCGUGAGAUGUUGCACAUUCUGAUUGAUCAGUUUCCGCAACUCAGCUCGAAGAAUCUUGGCAGAGACGUCUCUUUCUGGGCCACAAAUGAAGAGAAGUGGUUUUCCGUUAAAGGGUGUGCUGCUGAAUUCAGAAGAAUAGAGGCUGGUGUGGGGCUGCAGCAUGAGGAAAUUAGGAGAAUGAGGUUUAUGUGGGAGUUGAAAGUCCCUUCAAAGGUUGGCAGUUUUGCUUGGAGAUAUAUUUUGGGAAGGUUACUAACUAAAGAUCAGUUGAAGUUAAGAGGGUGGUAG